UUGACAGUUGUCGCAGUUUGAACUGAGCGGGAACCGUUAGAGAAAGAGAGAGGGAGGCCGAGUUAUGCAAACUCUGCUCCUCAUCCUCGAGAGGCUGCUUCCCGCUAUUUCUGGAGCGAUUCUGCCCCCGCUCCCCCGCGGCAUCCGGGAGUUUCAUCUGGAAUGACCACGAAGGAGAAUUGGGAUCCGCAGCGGUUGGGGAGCAGCAAGAAGCCAUUAACUCCGAAUAGGUUGGCUGGUGCAAAGCCUUGUCUGAAGAAGCAGCUGAGUGGAUCCUCCAUUCCAGUGUCACCAACUGCCCUCUUCUCAAAAAACAUGUCUAAAGUUGCCACUGUAGUACCACAAGCAACAGCUCUGGGAUCUGGAGUUCAAAGAGUAGUGACAGAACCGGAAAGCCAGCAGCAGUUAGUUAAAAACUGGUCCAUUGACAACUUCGACAUUGGACGCCCUCUUGGAAAAGGCAAAUUUGGAAAUGUGUACAUGGCUCGUGAACGGGAAUCAAAUUUUAUCCUGGCACUGAAAGUGCUUUUCAAGUCCCACCUUGAGAAAGAGAAUGUUGAGCAUCAACUCAGAAGAGAGAUUGAAAUUCAGUCUCAUCUCAAGCAUCCAAAUAUUCUGAGGCUUUACAACUAUUUCUUCGAUCGGACAAGAAUUUACCUAAUGUUAGAAUAUGCCCCUCGAGGAGAGCUGUACAAAGAGCUGCAGAAACGUGGCUGCUUCAGUGAACAGCAGAGUGCUACUUACAUGUUAGAGCUGGCAGACGCAUUGCAUUAUUGUCAUUUAAAGAAGGUGAUUCACAGAGACAUCAAACCAGAGAACCUGCUGCUGGGCCUGCGUGGGGAGCUGAAAAUAGCUGACUUUGGGUGGUCUGUGCACGCUCCAUCAUCAAGAAGAAAGACUUUGUGUGGCACUUUGGAUUACCUGCCUCCAGAGAUGGUUGAAGGGCGGUUACAUGAUGAGAAAGUGGACUUGUGGUGCCUGGGAAUUCUGUGCUAUGAGUUCCUGGUCGGACACCCUCCAUUUGAAUCAUCAUCUCACCAGGAAACAUACAGGAAGAUCUGUAAGGUUGACAUUCAUUUUCCAGUCAGCAUGUCAGAGGGUGCCAAGAAUCUAAUCAGCCAAUUGCUUCGACAUAAUCCAGUACACAGACUUCCCCUCAAGGGUGUGAUGGAACAUCCCUGGGUAAAAUCCAAUGCCCGGAGACUCCUUCCACCAGAAGCCAGCGGUGAGAAUGAAGGACCACUUCGCUAAACCCCAGGGAUUGCUGAAUUGUUUACAAGCCCUGUAAUUUGCAGCCCCUUUGUGUAAAUACUUUAUAUUUUGUACUCUUUUGUUUUUUUGUACUUCCUCCAUCCCUGAUCCUGCUCUGCUCUCACUUGUUUGUCUUAUAAAUUACUAAGUCUCCUUCUGGAAUUUAGUAUUGAUAGUCCGAUUUUUUUUUUUUAUAGAAGAGCUUCAGUCACCUGGUAGUUCAGAUCUGAAGGCUUUUGUCUUCGACUCAUCAGGACAAAUGCAAGACUGUUUGAAAUUUGACAAUCAUGACAAUUUAUACUACAGAAAAAAGGGUGCUGAUUGGUUGACAAGUUGGCACUGGCUGAGGCAUUGCCAUGGAGAAAGCAAUCGGAGUUGACUUGCCAAGCAAUCAGCACCCAUUUACCCUGUAGUGAAAAUUGUUGUGAGCAUUUGAAAUUUGGCAUUCUUUUGUUUUUCCUCAAGUGCAAGAUGAAAAGCAUCAGCAACAUGUCUUCCAUGUUGCUGUAAAGAAAGACAUGAUUCAAUUAUUUCAGGUUUUAAUGUUUGUCUUGGCUGUUGAGUCUGAGUACUUUACUGUAAAUGAUGUUCUCCCUACCAGUGUUUCAAUCUCAAUCAGCUUUUAUAUUUGCUUUCAUGUAAACGCCACAAGGUGACCUACCAUGAGGAAUUAUUCAGUCUGGUUCUGAAGCCUCUAAUGUAUGUGGAACAUGUAUUUGAACCUUCAGGACUGUUGGUCUGCUUCAAAGGAACUGACAGACAAGCUGGCAGAGCUCAACUAUUUUAAGAAUUGUUUUGUUUUGCUACAUCCGUUAUAUAAACUUCACAAAUUUUGUCUCUGAAGUAAUUCAAGGAAGUAUUGUAAAGUUUUUAGUCAGAAGCAGAAGUGUCUGCAGCACUUCCUUCUGAAAGCAGACUCUAUAUUUUAAUGGUCAUGUACUUUCUGCUGUUUUAUUUACAAAUAAAAGUACCCUGUAAUUUA